UCACUCACAAUCACGGCACUUCCCAACCAAACCGGAACUUCGGAAGCUUGGAUCCGGCAAAUAGCGUCGGGAAUUGCCAUUUCGGGGCUUACCUUUUUGCCUUCGGCUUUGUCCGUGUUUACGCUGGGCGCUAUGUACCACGGACACUACGAGUACGGGCAACAGUACGGCCAGCAGCCAUACCAGUACGCGUACCCGCCGCCACCGCCGCCGCCUCAGUACUGGAGCAACGACUCCUACCAAUCUUCUCACCACAAUCAACGCCAGCCUUCUCCUCAUCCACCUCAACCUUCCCCACACCAGCAGCCGUCACCGUUAUCUCAGCCGUGUCUUGUUGAUUCGUAUCGAGUGAUUUUGGACGCGUUUGCACCACAGGCUCCGCAACCACAAGUGGAUAGGCUCUGUGAUGCAGCUUCCUCUGCUGCAACGAUACUGGGAGGCCCCGACGAAGAAGCGCGCGAAAGAGAGCGAGAGCGAGCGCGAGAACGGGAAGAGAGACAACUGGAAGAAGAGCGAGAGCGAGAAAGGGAGCGUGAACGCGAACUUGAGAGGGAACGUGAGCGUGAGAGGGAGAGAGAACAGGAGAGAGAGCGGGAACGUGUAGAGCAAGAACGACUUCGUGCUGAGAAGGAACGUGAAGAACAGGAAAAGGCAAAGGCCAAAGAGAGCGUCGAUAAGAAGGAGGACUCUACGUCGACUGGCCAAGUUUGCCUCGGCUGUAAUGCUACCUCUACGCCUGAAUGGCGACGAGGUCCCUUGGGACCGCGGACGCUCUGCAAUGCGUGUGGGUUGGUCUACGCAAAGAUGAUCAAGAAACGCCUCAAGGCGAACUCUGGCACUGCUGACGCAUCCAGUGGCGAGAGCAGCGGCGAGGGUGAGGAGGAAGAUGAACUGGCAUAGGGCGAUUGUUGCGGUCUCUGGCAUUAUCUGUAUGUUUGUUUUCAAAUGCUUGCCGCGUUCCUUGCUUUCGAUUGCGCUUGUCGAACUUUGGACUGCUUGAAUCUAUUAUUUUUCAGGGAUUUGCAUGUACUUAUUUCAUGGAAAUAUGACGUUAGGUAUCUUUCCAUUGGGCGCAGUGCUGUGAAUUGGGU